AUGUCGACGAGCCCCAAAGAAGUAAGCCUCGAAGAAAACAAGCUCCCACCAGGAGGCAUUCACCAAGAUCCUUCGAUCGAAGGGGAUCCACUGGCGCAACCGACCUCUCCGGUUCCGCAAUCGGCGCCCGUGACGGACGGUAUGAGUUUGCCGAUCACUACGCAGCCGGGCACGCAAACGCAACUGGGCUUGGAAAACCUAUAUGGAGCUGGUAAGCUUGUUGUAAACCUUGAAACCAUCGAGAAGAGACGUUCCGACAUGGUCGUAAACAAAUAUAUGAUCAAGAGCUCACUCGGCGGUGUAGUUUACUGCGCGGAGGAAAAAUCCAGUUCAUGUGCUCGGUAUUGGUGCGGACCUGGUCGUCAACUCGAUAUCAGAGUACAGGACAUCUUCCAGAACGAAGUGCUGCUCAUCCAACGUGAUUCCGACUGCAGCAAUUGUUGCUGCACGUGUGACUUGCAUAAGGUUGAGGUAUUAUUAACGUCCGGUACGGUGAUCGGCACUAUCGAGCAGAGGAAGACUCUGUUUCAUCCCGAGUUUAACAUUAAGAACCAGCACGGUCAGACGGUACUGAUGGUCCGCCACACCACCCCAUUUGGCACCUGUAAGCUGACUGGGGAUGUCAUAUUUCAUAUCUUCGGAAUGGAUGGCACGGAGAUUGGUAAGUUAUCCAAAAAGUAUGACGCAUGCCAUAGCUUCAGCAUCACCUUCCCGAUGGAUCUGGAUGUCAUGGUGAAGGCUACUUUGCUGGGUGCAUUAUUUUGGCUACAUUAUAUGCUCUCCGAGGUGGAACAUGGCAAACCGAGACAAAUCCGGCCUCUCUGCAUGUAAGCUAGCAGACAAGUUCGUGCCAUACAACAUGGGGAGUUUCUACGCAUAUUGAUCAUUAUACUAGAUGACCAGAUCCGAAUAUAAAAUUGUAAUGUUCUCGUAAAAAGCGAGAGCCCGAUAUAGAAUUUAAGAACUCUUAUUCAUAUUUUGUUAAGCUUAAGAAAAAAUUUACCGUUUAGGAUAAGUCUUAUCAUGCGAAACGCACACACUGAAUAUCAACGAACUGAAUUUGUGCCAUAAUGUACUGACCGAUUUAAUCGUCAUGUAUUUCCAAUGUACUGUCAAUUUGAUGUGAUGUGUAGAAAUAUAUGCAUGGCAAAA